UCGGAGGCUGGGCGGGCGCUGCUCGUAGGUCCGAAGAACCGUGUUCGGUUGGAGCCCGAGCCUGUCUGUGGCAGAUGCAGGAGGCCGGUGACUCCCACGCUGCCCGCGUCGCGCGGUGGAAACGGGGCUGGUGGGGAGGGGAGCCCUGCGGGCCCCUUGGGUGUGAGUGUGGAUUUUGUCCUGAGGGGACGGAAGGCCACUGGUUACGGCGUCUAUGUGUACCCGAAUUCUUUUUUUCGAUAUGAAGGAGAAUGGAAAGGAGGGAAGAAACACGGUCAGGGGAAGCUGCUGUUUAAAGACGGGAGUUACUACGAAGGCGAGUUUGUGGACGGGGAGAUCACGGGGAAAGGCUGCCGGCUCUGGGCCUCAUCAGGGAACACCUAUUCUGGACAGUUUGUUUUGGGAGAGCCCCAAGGACGCGGCGUCAUGAAGUACAAAGCUGGCGGACAUUAUGAAGGGGAGCUCUCCCACGGCCUGAGAGAAGGACACGGGCACCUGGUGGACCGGGACGGACAGGCCUACUGGGGGUCGUUCCAUAACAACCAGCGGCACGGCCAGGGGCACAUGGUCUUCCAGAACGGUGACAAGUACGAAGGCAACUGGGUCCGGGACCAGCGUCAGGGGCACGGAGUACUGUGCCGUGCCGACGGCUCCACCUAUGAGGGGCAGUGGCACAGCGAUGUCUUCAGUGGCCUGGGCAACAUGACCCACUGCUCCGGGGCCGUCUACCAUGGGAUGUGGGUCAAUGGCCACCCAGUAGCACAAGCCAAGAAAAUCGUGAUUUUGGGUCCAGAGGUGAUGGACGUGGCUCAGGGGUCUUCCUUCACACUGAGCAUUCAGCUGCAGCAGGACGACGGGGAAGUGGCCAAGAGCGAGGACGGCCGGGUUUUGAAGAUCUCAGCGGGCGUCAGGCAUGUGCAGCUCCCGGCCUACUCAGAGGUCAGCUGCUUCAAAGUGGACAAGGACACCCAAGAAGCAGCCAUCCAGACCCCGUUCGGGUUUGACUGCAUUGCCUAUCCUCUGUGGAGUCCCAGGUCUGGGGACCUGGAGCCCAGAGCUGCCCUGGAAAGUGCCGGAGAUCAGCUGUUCCACAUGGGAGACCUAGAGACAGCGCUGGCAUCAGACACCUCUCGUGGCCAGAGAGACGUCCCCAGUGGCCUUCCCGCUGCCCCAGAGCACCCGGAGCCCCACCAGCACGCGAGCCCUCCAGACGUGUUGGCAGGGAGCCUGGGUCUGCUCCGGGUCACGGGCACACGGGCUGGCCGGCUGCCCUCUGGUGCCUUCUGCGAAGAGGAGAUGACGGCAUUGCAAAUUUCAGCGCUGCUGCGGGUGGGAUGGGGUCGGCCAUACGCGAGAGACAGCCCCAGGAUGGUGACAACUUCGAGUCAGAGGUUCCAGCCGGGAGCUGCCGCCUUUGCCUCCCUGGGUGACAGCCGCAUGUGCGGCCUCGAGGUGCGGAGGGUGCCGCCUGCCGAGGCCGCCGUGGGCGCUUGCCGCAACGCAUCGGGAAGUCUCGGGAGCAGCCACUGGCAGCACCCAGCCUGCAGCCGGGACCCACGGACGGGCCUCCAAAAUUUCCCCAGCCGCGUUCACCUGGCGUCUCCGGCCACCGAGAACGUGGAGCUAGACGCCGGCGCCUUCCAGCUCGCGGCCCUCGCCCUGGCCCAGGCCCCACGGGGACCAACUUCUCGGCCCUUUCCUCACCCAUCCAACCCACAGUUAAGAAAGAGAGGCCCAGCUUGGCCCAGCGCAGGGCCUCUGACCUGGGGCCUGUCCAGACCGUGUCCCAGGCACCCAGGACCCUCCCAUCCCCAAAGAAUCGGUGUGCUGGGCCCUCACGGCGGGCCCCAAAAUACACCCGCGUGGAGCCGGCUGUGUGCCCCAGGGCCCGCCAGGGAGCGCCAGGACCACGGUGUGUCAUGGGCCAGGCCCUGCCCCUGGCCCAGCCACUCACCUGGAGAUGGCCACACGGCCAGCAGUCUGGGCAGCAGGGCUUCAGUGCCCCAGGCCCACGUGGCCGCCUGUGGUCCCAGCUCAGCCGCAGAAGCCGCCCUUCGGCGAGGCCACGGGAAGGGCUCUCUCCGAUCUCUGCUUCGUGCUGCUGCAAAGGGUCUUUCCGUCCUUCGCUUUUCAGGAGAAGCCCCUUCCUCCUCUUGCUGGGGAUGCGAGCCCCACGGCCCUGAGGACUGCCGGCGCGUGGAACAAGGUUGGGCCCAGUUCUCAGAUGUCCGCCUUGGGCCCCCACCGCCUGGGUACAGCCCCAUCCUCUUCUUCGACGACCUCCGUGAGAAGGAAGACAGCAGGCCCCGUGGCGGUCCGGGCCCUGGGAGAACGAUGCCCGACACACAGGACCUGCCAGGAGGGAGCAGAUACGGGAACAGGCUUCCGCUUCUAGCCAGAAUGAAGAGCAAGGGGCUGGAUGUGCCCCCCACAGGUAAGCAAGAAACAAGCUGGACAAGAUCCAGGAAACCACAGCCAGCCUGCGAGGCCCCAGCUCACUUCCUGAGCAUUUCCAGCUGUGGUGCAGGGAGGGGACCCCGCAGGUCCAGGGGUCCCCCCAAGGGCAGAGAUGGAGCUGGGAGUCCGAGGAAGCCAAGGCAGCUAGAGUCUGCAGGAGGGAGCACGGGAGAGGAGCACGUCCUGGAGAGAUCUGCAGAGCGUGAGGAACGUGCUUCGGGCCGGGAAAACCGCAGAGACGGUCACAAAGAGUCCUGCCCAGAGCUCACACAGGGCUGUGGGGAGUGCUUGGUCCAGGGUGCAGUCCGGACAACCUCCGGAUUCACAGGACAUCAGAAGAGACCCAGGGCAGAAGCUGAUGACGUGCGCCAGGCGUCCUCACCAGCACGCGGCACGUCCCCCUGGGCAGGCGGAGCGGACGCAUCACCAUGCACCACGGAGAGGAGAACCUCCGGUCCGGUCAGACCGCGUCCCCGGGCUUGGCCUGACGGGGCGGCCACGGCCGAGCCAGUAGCAGCAGCUUUCCCAGGGGAGUAUGUCGUCAUGAUCCGCGAUGUGACCGACCCUCCCUUCCUGGGACACACGCUGCCCACCGCCUUCAAACACCUUCGGGUCUUGGGGAAGGGGACGGACAAGCAGCCCCGCGUCCCUGGAGAAGGCCCCAAAUCCCCGAGAUAGGAGAGCCACCUCCAUGCACCUGACAGCCACCAGUGUCCCCCUCAGGACACCAUCCUCAUCUGAAUGGGAGGAAAAGCCGCCUGUGCUCUGCGGGGCUCCUUCCUGCACUUCCCACAGGGGCUGAGCAGGGGCCAGAGGGCCGCCUGCCCGCAUCCCACGGCUCAAUAAACAGCUCAACAGCGACUCCUGACUCCGACCCAGACCGCAAGCCCCCUACCACAGCCAGGCUCCCCUCUGGCUGGCACCUCCACUCGCCAGGGGGAGCCCAGGCCAGGCCGGGGGGGAGGGGGGGAGCCGUCUGGUCCCCCCCCACGGAGUCCGGCAACGAAGCGCCGAAGCCGGCCCUGCCUCCCACCCACCCCACGGUCCGGACCUUGGAGGCGCCCCGCCUGGGGACACAGGGACCGCUGCCAAAUGAGAAAUCAAGAGGCAGCGGCAGGUGAUCGGUUUUCCGGAAGGAGCUUCGUGUCUGGGGGACACUUCCUGGAUUUUCCAGCUGCCUCUGAAACAUGGCCCAGGCCUGGGCGUGGGGAGACUCCCGGAGGCUGCAGCAGGCUGGCAGGGACGGGGCCUCCUUCGGCCUCCACCGAGCGGGCCAGAGCCAGGAUCCAGGGCCUCCGGCCGGCUCCUGUGUCCAUGGCCCCUGGGGCACACCCCGUGCACACCCUGUGCUGGCUGGAGCUAGGCUUGGCCCUCGCUGCGAAGCCCACCAUGUCUUCUUCGUCCUUCUCCGAGGACUGAGGAACGGGGUGGGAGCAUCCAGCCCCGAGCCGCGAGCAGCACAUUGCUGCUUCCCACCCGGACACCCCACAGACCGCAUGCCCCCGCCCCUUCCAGGGCCCACUUCCCUCCUACGCUGGCGUCUGCGUCCUGCCCCCUCCCUCAAGGCCCCGCACACAGUCCCUGCACCCCCACAGCGGCCGCUCCCUCGUGUCUCUGAUGGGCCCCCCGCCGCCCCCGGUCUUCGUUGCUCAGACACAACUGUCUGGCUUCUGCCUCUGCUUUUCUCCUGCCCUGUGGUCCAUGGCAGGUCUUGUCCGUCCUGCUUCAAAGUGCAUCCCCGGCCCGACGCCAUCCCCGCACACCCUCAAGCUCUGCAGACAGCAGGUGCUGCCCCAGCUUGUCCCCAAGUUUGUGCCGGGACCUGCAGCCUGAGCAGGACCUGCAGCUCUGGUCCCAUGCUCACUGCCCUCCUCUCCUGCUGCUCCCCCUGGCUCUCUGCGUUCCCUCACACGGCCCCUGCAGCUCCUCCAUCUGCCUCAGGGCCUUUGCAUGUGUUCUUCCCUCCGCCUAGACUGCUCACCUCCCAGAUGCCACCUUCUCACGAGGCCUUCCUUGACCACCAGCUCUGAAGCCUCCCGCCACCUUCAGCAAACAUUUCCUGCUCCCUCCCCGCCUCACGUCAUCUGCACAGGUCAGGGGCUGACAUGCCUUGCACUUCCCUUGUCUGCUUUGCAACCUCCAAAGGGAGGCAUUUAUUUGGUCCUUUUUGUUCACUUGUGUAGCCUCAGCAUCGAGCACAGUGUGUGACCCUUCGGAGGCCCUUGGCAAAUAUUUGUUGAAUGGAGGGGUGAAUGUGGAGCCCCUACUCUAUGCCAGGCAGAACAGGAGGCACCGGAGACAAAUUGGGCAAAGGAGGUGUGCAGGGAGACUGGUAGCUGAGUAACUGGACGGAGGGCUGGAUGGAUAGAUGGGUGGAUGGAUGGACGGAUGGAUGGAUGAAUGGAUGGAUGGAUGGAUGGAUGGAUGGAUGGAUGAAUGAAUGGAUGGAUGGAUGGAUGGAUGGAUGAAUGAAUGGAUGGAUGGAUGGAUGGACGGACGGACAGUGGUUGGGUAGAUGGGAGUGUGGAUAAAUGGAUGGACGAGUACACGCAUGGACAGACAGAUGGAUAGAUGGCUGGGUGGUCAGGUGGGAGGAUGGUACAGAAUGGAUGGAACUGCGGUUGGGUGGAAUAGAAGUUCGUUUGUAGGAA